AUGCCUGAAGAAACGUCAUUCCGUCUCUCGCCAAUCACAGACUACAGAAUGCAUAUGCGCCUCCCCCCUCCUCCUCCAGCCCGUCCAGGCGUAUACACCCCCCCCCCUCCAAAUCUUAGCCACACAAGCCUUAUUGUCUUGCAUCAAACACCCACACACCCGGUUCUGGCCCUUUGGCAGCGAGCGGAGCAAAGAAGCAGGGUCUUUGCUAAAAAAAAAAAUGUCCAGCUCUUUAUCAAGGUCGACGCGCCGCUUUGGCUCAUCUCGUCCCUCCAUCAGGCCUUUGUCUCUACUGGCUUGGCUGGCGUGAAUUGGUCCAGCUUGAUCAGUCUGAAUGACGCCUGCUUCGAAAUGGGAGACUUAAACGAAUACCGCAUCCAGCGAGUCGCCGAGGUUCUGUCCGACUUUCGCGAUCUCCAGCACUGCAUCGCCGCCGCCAACAUCACUGCACCCUGCCAGGCCGAUUAUUACACAGCGGCAUGGACCCUGUUGCGCCAAUGCUCCACAGACGGCCAAUUUAUCCUGGAUUGCGCUGCCGAUGUAUCCUACCCGGUGGGUCGAAAUGAGCACGAGCAGAAGAAGCUUGAGCUUCAACAUGUCUUGUUGGAUGCCUAUGCUCGCCGACACGAGGCCCAAAAGAUUUACAUGCGCCAAUUGGCAGCCCAGCGAUGUAUAAGUGCCCGCAAGCAAGUUCUCGAGGCAACAGGUGGCCCCCAUCCCUCAAACCACCUCCGUCUUCAAGCUUGUAAUAUUCAACUAGAGCAGGAAGUCGAGCAGAUCACAGACGAGUUUGUCUACCUGGACAUGUUGAGCGGUGACCAGAGCCUUGGCCGCUGGACGGUCGAGGAUCCCGGCCUCUACGACAUUCUCAACUGGUUGAGUACCCGCUCCAUCAAGGACGGCUAUCGCACUAGAGAGAACCGGGACGAAUCACGCAUGCAAAACGGCCAGGACCCGGAUGUUUCAACUUUCCUCGGCCGCUAG